AGCUGGCCGCGACCACAGCCGAGCAGACCCGGAGGAAAGCACGUUGGAGAAGCAGAGCGACCCCGUUCUCUAUCCGGCAAUAAAUCCGACUUCGAGUCCCCUCCGACAUGGCCAGAGGAAGCCGCAGCCGCCCCUCAGCGGCAGCCAGUCCAGCUGUGUCCCAUGCUCCGGCCCCAGCUCAUGCGCCUCCCUCUGCGCUGGCCCCAGUUCCAGCUCCGUCCCAGGGUCCGGGCAUCAUGGCCCAGAUCGCUACCACAGCUGCUGGGGUGGCAGUCGGCUCGGCGGUGAGCCACGUCCUUAUCGGCGCCCUUUCAGGAUCAAGUGGUGGAAGCAGCAAUGAGCCAGCCAAGCCUACAAACCAGGAGCCCCCCCGGGCCUCUCCAGCCCAGCCCGGCCCGUGUCACUUUGAGGUCAAACAGUUCCUCGACUGCGCCACCAACCAGACCGACCUGAGUUUCUGUGAAGGCUUCAAUGAGGCACUCAAACAGUGCAAGACCUCCCGUGGUGUGUCAUCACUGGUGUGAAUGAUGGGUCAUCUGCUGUCGUGACGGACAUGUUUCAAUAAUGAAACGUACUGUAGACAUGACACAUAACACGAAAAUGUGAACGUGUUUCACGGGCAGUGAACAUGUCUGUUUUGUUGAUUGACGACAGUGGAAUGUAUGAAAUGUUUUUGUCAUGUACAGUGAUAAACCUUUAAUAAAUAGCUGCUAUCUACUUUCACAGUA